AUGAGUGCCCAUGUCGUGGUGAUCGACGCGACGGCCAGGCGGGCAACCAUCAAGACCACGCCCGGCAAACACUUGACCGAUAUCUUACAUGAGGCUUGCUCAAAGCUUGGAUACAACUCCAGCCAGUAUGGGUUAAAACACAAUCGCAAGCAGCUUGACCUUUCUCUAUCGUUCCGUCUAUCCGGUCUCAGCUCUGGUGCAAAGCUUGAGCUUGUACAGGCAUCUCGUUCCCCGUCUGUUGUCACUGUCGGAUUACAGCUUCCCGAGUCCGAGACUCGAGGUGCCCCAAAUGGCCGCAUACUUGAUAAAUUCCCAAGCACAACAACGCUCUGGCUCGUUCUGCGCAAGUUCGAGGCCGGCGUAGCAGGGAGCAACCAAACGCGGAACCUGACCUCGCGUGCUGUGCCCUCUACCGAUGGUGCAGAGGGUGGUGCUGGACGUUUGUACUAUGAGAUCCCUGUGCUCCAAAUUCUGGAGCGUGAAGUGUCAAGCUUCACAGACUUACAGAAAACACUGGCACAGCUAGGAUAUAAUAGUGGGAAUGUGCUCAUGCGACUCAGCUUCCGACGGACUGAGCAACCCAUUGAGGAAGCAAUGGUUCAGAUUGGCGAGUUCUUCAAGACUGAUGACGAAGCCCUUCCGAAGCAAGAUACAAGCGUCGCGCUCCCCACUGAAUCCGCUGGGGUUAAAGGCGAAGAGGCUGUUGAGAAGCCAUCUGAUACAUCUCAAUCUGAGCUCCCCAGUGUGCCUGCCACCUCUUCGGAGUCAUCGGCACCUCUCCCAGAAAAUACCCUUGAGCCGGCCACUUCAGAAAUCGGCGCUGCUCGAAACAUCACCGUCUACUCACCUCCCUCGGAAAGCACACCUUCUUCGGCGCAAUUAUCUUAUAAUGAGAAUGAUUAUGUGCCCUCCAUCGAGCACGCACAACUGCAUCAGCGCCUGCUCAAUGAAUCCUCUCGCAACCAGCGCCUGCCCACUCAUGCGGAGAUGGCUGCCAAGGCUAAGGCAGAAGAGGCAAAGCAAGCAGCAAUCCGCGAGGUUGAUGUCAAAGUCCGUUUCCCAGAUCAGAGCCAAGUGGUAGCUAAGUUCGGGGCUUCGGACACUGGACAUUCUUUGUAUGAAUUUGUCCGCAGCUGUCUUGCGCCGUCAUUUGCGAACGAAGAAUUCCAUCUGACUGUUCACACUGCAUCUCGCUCCCAGCACACAAGUGCCAUUCCCUCGUCAGAUAAGAAGCUUCUGAUCAAAGAUAUCAGAUUGACUGGCAGGGUACUGAUCAACUUUUCCUGGGCCGACAAUGCCGCUGCCUUUGUGCACCAACGUCGCUCGGAGACACUCCGCCCAGAGCUUCGCAGCCAGGCUCAGCAGCUCAAGGUGGAGCAGCCUCCUGAGCCCAAGGAAGAGGAGACUGUUCCAGCGCAGCCUGGUCCAAGUAGCGCUCAAGGUGAUGCAAAGCCUGGCGGCACACGAAAGCCUGGUGCCAUGCCUAAAUGGCUGAAGCUAGGCAAGAAAUGA